AUGCAUCUUCCUCCGGGGAACUGCUUCCUGGUUGACUCCCUUGACAUCCCCAUUGUCAAGGAAGCCCAUGCCAAGCCUGAAAUCGUACUGAAGAGCAGAGCCGGAGUGGUGUUCAACAAGGCCACUCCGCAUUUCCUGGUGCCCAAGACCUCCUUCAAGGUCAAGUUCAAAAUCAAGUUCCAGAGAAGCGGCCUGCUGCUGAGCUUCUACGGGCUGAGCCCGAACCUGCACCUGCUGAUCGAUGAGGUGAUAUCCUCGAUCAAGGCACUGGACACGACCGCCUUCAAAAGGGACCUCAAAGUGAGCUUUGCCAUCGUGCUGUCCAACGGUAACUACUCGCAUGAGGAGGCCGCGCGGGUGGCCGGCAAAGUGCUGGCCCACUUCGGGGAGGGCGGGAUGGUGCCGGAGGAACUUCCACUUUACGAAAGCAUACUACCGUGCAGGGGCAGGAAGGUCGUCGCGCUGGGCCUGUACAACCGGGACGAGAAGAACGACCUGCUCGUGCGGUUCUACGCGGUAGGCCGGAAGACGAUCGUGCUGCUUGACGGCAAUUCCUUGACUGUCCCCCAGUUGCACGCAUUGGGGCAGGGCGGACAGGCCCUCGACCUCACCGAGGAGGCCUGGGCUAAGGUCCGCAGGGCCAGGAGUGUGAUCGACCGCAUCAUCGUCCGAAAGAUCGUCUACGGGAUCAAUACUGGCUUCGGAAACUUCGCUAAUGUGAUCAUCUCGCCUGAAAACCUGCGACAGCUGCAGGUCAACCUCAUUAGGUCUCAUGCGACUUGCGUUGGAAGACCGUUGUCCUUGCCCCUCACCCGCCAAAUGUUCGCCCUUCGAAUCAACACGCUAGCCAAAGGCCGCAGUGGCAUCUGCGAGACGAACUUCAGGAAGAUGGUGGCUGCUUUCAAUGCAGACUUUCUGCCCAAGGUGCCUGAGCAAGGCAGUGGGGCCAGUGGCGACUUGGCGCCACUGUCACACUUGGCGCUGGGACUGCUGGGAGAGGGAGAGGCGUGGGACAAGGAGGCUGGUUGCUAUCGACCUGCAGGCUAGCUUCUUAAAAAGUUAGGGCUCGACCCGAUCGAGCUUCGUGAGAAAGAAGGGCUGGCCCUGAUCAACGGCACGCAGUUUAUCACGGCGCUGCUGGCGGACGGCCUCUGGAAAAGGGUGGCCGACGAGGAGAUCAAUUCCGCGACUGACAACCCGCUGGUGAUAUUCCAGGAAGACGGGUUCGAGGAGGACGGACUGAUCUCCGGAGGCAACUUCCACGGAGAGUACCCUGCGAAGGCGGCGGACGUGCUGGGAAUGGCGAUGCACCGGCUGGGACUGUGCUGCGAGCGCCGGAUCGCGAGGCUGGUCAACAAGCAAAAAUCAAAGUCCUGGGACUUUCUGGUCGAAAAUGGGGGGAUCAAUAGCGGCUACAUGAUCAUGCAAUGUACUAGCGCGGCUCUUUGCUCCGAGAACAAGGUGCUCGCCGUCCCCGCCUCUACCGACUCCAUCGAGACCUCCGCCGGGCAGGAGGAUCACGUGUCCAUGGAGGGGUUCGCUGCCCGCAAGCUUUUGGCCAUGCUUGACAAUCUCGCCAACAUGUUUGCCAUCGAGUUCAUGUCGGUCUCGCAGGAAAUCGGGCUCACUGGCAAGAAGGUGACCCCAUGCCUUGCAGAGGUGCUGAGGCAGGUCAACGAAAAGGCCCCAUUCUCCGCCGAGGACACCUAUUUCGGACAGCAUAUUGAACCUCUCAAAGCCUCCCUCUUUUGGGCCUGA